AUGGAAGAAGCUUCGAGAAGAAGCGCCCUGGCCAUUUCGAAUCCUAAGGAAACUGUUCAAACAGAAUCCUAUAAGGGACCCAUCAGGGUUGCUUUGGAGGAAGCGGUGGCGGAGAAGCAGCCUGAAAUGGCUGAGGAGAAGAAGAAGAAGAAGAUCAAGGAGAAGAGGACUGAAGAAGAUGAGGAAGCCCAUCCAAUCAAGAAGAAAGAAAGAAGAACAAGUGAAAAGAAGGAACGCAAGCGGGAGGAGACGCGCCUGAAGAAGAAGGAAGAGAAGAGAAAGAGGGCUAAGAGCCUAGAAAUCGAUGAAGAAUCCACCUCCGCAAGGAUGGAUAAAGAGGAGUCAAUGCAACAAAAAGAAUCAACGCAACCUGAGGAGACAACACAAAUAAGAACGGUUGCGACUGAUGAUGGAGAAGAUUCAGACAUUAUCCCCCUUAGGCGGCGUCGCAAGGGUCAACAAUUGACCCAAAAUUUUUGCAAAGUGCAUUAG